AUGGGGCAUCUAGAAUAUAAAUUGAUUGAAAUUUGUCUUCAAUUUCAAUAUCAAUUAAUUAAAACUUCAAUUGAAUUCAUCAAAACACUCCUGACACUAUUUAUUAUGAUUUCCUUAAGGGCAGUAAUCGCACUUAUUCUUUUACCACUUAAUUUAUUAUUUGUUUUAAUCAAAUAUCCAUUUUUCGGGGGUGUAAACCCUAUAUACAAGAAUGAUUUGGUCAAUUCCUUGAAAUUAACCGUUUAUCAAGCAUUAAUCAAUUUCCCACUUGAUGAUGUUCAUAUUUUUUCAAUAAUUUCUGCUGAAUUUGUUAUCAAUAAAGCUGUUGGUAAAUUAUAUCCUGGUUUAACAUCAAAAUUACCAAAUUAUGGUAAAAAAUUUGAUAAACAAAGUUUUUGGCUCGUUGAAAAACCAAAUAGAAAACCCGAUGAUCCAGUAUUGAUUUAUUUACAUGGUGGUGGUUAUUUCCUUGGUCUUGUUCCUCAACAAAUUGAAUCUUUAGUGACAACUUAUCAUUUAUUAGACCCGGUAAAACGUGAAAAUUUAUCCAUUUUAGUAUUGGAUUAUAAUUUAACUUGUCAAGGUUAUCCAAUUCCUCAUCAAUUGUCUCAAUUAGUUGAAACUUAUACUAAUUUAGUCAAAGAAGGUGGUAAAAACUUUUUAUUAAUGGGUGAUUCUGCUGGUGGUAAUUUAGCUAUAACUUUCACUCAAUAUUUAAGAUUAUCAAAUAGUUCAAAUUUACCAUAUCCAAAAUCUUCUAUUUUGAUUAGUCCUUGGGUGAAAUUAAUUGCUGAAACUUAUCAAAACACUCCAGGGCAUUCAUAUUAUAAUUAUUCAUCGGGUGAUGUGACUCAAUAUGAUACAUUAUCUGGUGCUGAAGUAUAUCAACAUAUUCUUGGUACUGAAACUAAACUUAAUUCCUUAACUGUCUCUCCAGGUAAUUGUCCAUAUGAUUCCAAAGAUUGGCAAGAUAUUCCAACUUAUAAUCAACCAGGUCAUUCUGUGUUUGUACUCGCUGGAGAACAUGAAACUUUCCGUGAUGAUAUUUUGGAAUGGUCUAAAUAUGCAUUGAAUUAUCCUCUUGAUGAAUUGGAUUUCCAAGAUUCUAAUGGUGAAUUUAAUCCUAAAGUUCAUAAAUAUAUUAGAAAUGAUGAGAACUCGGCUUAUAUUGAUGUUACUAUUGUUCCUUGGGGUGCUCAUGAUUUUUUAUUUUUUGAACAUACAUUGAUUGGCAAAUUGAAACUGGAACCUAGUUUGAAACUUCAAUCAAUUAAUAAAAGGAAAUAUUUUGGUACUACAAGUGUUGUCAAUUUCCUUAACACUGUAUUACCAGGAGAAAAUUAA